AUGCGCAUUCCGAGGCUGUUGCGGCAGCUCAAGCUGUUCGCCCAUCGCAAGCUCAAUCUGGGUGAGCUGAUCGUGAAGCUGCUGUUUGUCGCAUGCUGCGGCAUUAUCACGGUGCUGCUCAUCAUCCACAAGUACGAGAAUUUGGAUAACUUCAAGCGGACGCUCUACUACCGGUAUGCCGUGGAUGGGGAGUUCUUCGCCCAGCGGCGUAAUGUUGCCGGCGAGCGGGUCGACUGGCAUGACUACGAGCUGAUGGAGGACGAGAUGAACCGGCGGGGACCGGGCGAACAGGGCCGUCCGUACAAACUGAGCCACCAGAAGGACGUCGAGCUGAACGCCAAGCUGUUCAAGGAGAAUGGCUACUCGGCGGUUGUUAGCGAUAUGAUCGCACUGAACCGUUCCGUGCCGGACAUCCGUCAUCCGAGCUGCCGCACAAAACAAUACCUGAAGGAGCUACCGACGGUCAGUGUGAUCGUCAUCUUUUACAACGAACACUGGAGCGCUCUCCUGCGAACGGUUUACAGCGUACUGAACCGAUCGCCGCCGUCCCUGCUAAAGGAAAUCAUCCUGGUAAACGAUCACAGCACGAAGAAGUUCCUAUGGGGUCCCCUACGGGAGUUUGUCGAGACGGAACUGAGUCCAAAGGUGCGUCUAAUUGAUCUACCGGAGCGCUCGGGGUUGAUCGUAGCUCGGAUGGCCGGUGCCCGAGCCGCACGUGGAGAUGUUUUGAUCGUGCUCGAUUCCCAUACGGAGGUCAACACCAACUGGUUACCCCCUUUGUUGGAACCGAUCGCCGAGGACUACCGGACGUGCGUCUGCCCGUUUAUCGAUGUUAUCGCACACGACACCUUUCAAUACCGCUCGCAAGAUGAAGGCAAACGGGGUGCAUUCGACUGGAAGUUCUACUACAAACGAUUACCGCUGCUACCCGGAGAUUUAGAGGAUCCCACGAAACCCUUCAACAGUCCCAUCAUGGCGGGCGGACUGUUUGCGAUCAGUACCAAGUUCUUCUGGGAGCUCGGUGGGUACGACGAGGGUCUGGACAUUUGGGGCGGCGAGCAGUACGAGCUGAGCUUCAAGAUCUGGCAGUGCGGUGGCCGCCUGGUGGACGCACCGUGUUCCCGCGUUGGCCACGUGUACCGGGGAUACGCACCGUUCGGGAAUCCGCGCGGGGUCAACUUCGUCGUGCGUAACUUCAAGCGAGUUGCCGAGGUGUGGAUGGACGAGUACAGUCAGUUCCUGUACGAGCGCAAUCCACAGUUCGCCAGGACGGAUCCGGGUGAUCUCACCAGCCAGCGGGAGUUGCGUGCCCGGUUGAAGUGCCGGCCUUUUAAAUGGUUCCUAGAGGAGAUCGCUCCGGAUCUGCUGGUGCGCUAUCCGCCCCGUGAUCCACAGCCGUUUGCCUCCGGCAGGGUGCAGAGUGUGGCAGAACCGAAGCUCUGUCUCGAUUCGCUCAACCACCAGGCGAAGGAACCGAUCGGGCUGUAUACCUGUGCCACAAACAAGACGCACCCGCAGAACAAUCAGUUCUUCACGCUGUCCUACCAUCGGGACAUUCGGGUUAGGAGCAACGACAAGUGUCUCGAUGCGGCCAAACUGAACGACGAGGUUGUACUGUUCAGUUGCCAUGAGUCCCAGGGUAACCAGAUGUGGCGCUAUGAUUAUGAAUCGAAAAUGAUCAUCCAUGGCAAGGAUCAUCUUGAGCAGUGUCUCGAUGCGGAUCUCGUACGACGGAAGCUGUUCGUGCGCAGCUGUGAUAAAACUAAACCUUCCCAGCAGUGGAACUGGGGUUACAUUAACUUUGUCCACCUACAGAACUGGGACGUUUAUGGGGCAAAGUUCCUUUAAAUGAUUAUCGUAUGAAACUGCGCAACGUGUCUUUCAUGGCCUAAUUUUGUUCCUGGUUUUAU